AUGACCUACGAGCUUGCAUUGAAGAACGGUGCACAAACAUUUAAAAACUCCACUUACACUCAUGCAACAACAACAAUCGCAACGCCAUUGACGAUUGGAAAGUACGACCUUAUCAACGACCAUACUUCAAGAACAAUAGCCUCGUUUCGACACUUUGGAGCUGCCAUUCCUCGAGACAUAUCGCUCGAACUGUUAUUUCAGCCGCAACAAAGCCAGGACUCCCAAGUAUUGACACCUGUUCUUGCUACUGCAUUUGUGACACGUACAAGCAGAAUCAUGAACAACAACAACAACAACAACAGAAACGGCAUUCAAAACAACAUAAAAAGCUGCUCAAUCUCCAACUCAAUAGCAUCAGCGAGCAUCAACAGUAUCAUCUUGGCAUUACGAUUGAUGCUAUCACUCGCUCCUCCACUUCGAUUGUAUUUCUUGCAGGCAGGCACCAAAUCCAACAGUGUGAACAGACCCAACCAGCAGCAUAAACGGAUCAUUGGUGGUUUUGACCAAGCCAAACUUACCAAUGACUCCUUGCAAUGA